UUGAUGAAGACAAUAAGAAGUAUUAAAAUAAAUUGAAUGUAUGUGAAUAUAAGUGUAAAUUUAAUCGUUUUAAUGGUGUAAAAUAAAUAUUCCGAUUGCCGUAUGUUUCCGUAAAAAACCGGAGCUUUAAUUUCUUGGUAUAAAAAUGGACGAGGAGAUCAAAAUAUGCGAAAACUGCAACCGGGAGAUACCUGUGGUGAACUACACCAUACAUUCGGUGCACUGCGCGCGGAAUAUCCGCAUGUGCCCUGUCUGCAAGGAGCCCGUGCCGAUUGCUGAGCUGGAGGAACAUACGGAAAAGCUGCACAAACUGCUGCCUUGUAAACAAUGCGGGGAGAAGGUACGAGGGACCGAUAUGGAGGACCACAUUCGUGACUCCUGCGAUCGUACUAUACAAUCUUGCAGGUGGUGUGAACUGGAGUUGUCGCGUCGUGAGCUACCUUUACAUGAGAGCUAUUGUGGAACGCGCACUGAGGAGUGUGAGCAGUGCGGCGAGUUCAUCAUGCAUAAGUACAGACAGCUGCAUCUCGAUUCGAAUCACGGCUUCGUACGACUCGACGAUGAUCCCAUCCCGCGUGUUAACCGACAGAGACCAGCUACAUCUGCAACUGCAUCUGGUUCCGGUAUGACAUCAUACCAGAGACCUGCAGAUAGGCUUUCCCGGUUCCUAGACUUGCCCGACCGACCGCCCACUGUAGGCCCUGAACUGACAAGACUGUUCAAUACUAUCACAGAAGCCAACACCAAAAUUGAUAACCUCAAUACCGCACGUGAGAGCCCCCGAAGCCCUGACGCUUCUCCUAAUCAAGGACCAAAUUAUGAUGGUCGAAACUUCAAUCAAUGGCGACAGAAUGUCAAUUUAAAUUUGCCGCGGAAUAAUAAUGCUCAAGUUAAUGCACCAGGCGUUCCCGGUACAAGUAAUAACUUUAAACCAGCACCUCGCGGAGCUAUUAAGAAGCGUAAAGCACCAAAACCACCGAAUCCUAAAACACCAGAGUCUAAACCUGACCAAUCCCAGCAACAGGCAGCGCCUGCUGGCAGAAUGUACUCGUUGUUCCCCCCCUCCACUUCCACUUCCACACCUAACACUCCCAUCUCUAAUUCAAUACCUAGUGCAACAUCUCGUCCAAUGCCUGGUCCAAUCUGUGGUCCAAUACGUGGUCCAAAGCCUGGUCCUAAUGAUCCAUUCUCCGGUCCUUAUAAUAGACGCAACUUUACACCACUAUCCCCGAAUGAUAAUGCCCCGGGAAGUGCCAACACAAACGGUCGCUUUCCUGAAGCUACUUCCAGUGAAGAACAGAAGAGAAGAGAAUUCAUAAAAGCCGUACCAGUUAAGCUCACAGCGCAAAAAUCGGAGAUAGAAAGAAAUCCAAAUGAAGAGGUGAACAAAGCAGAAGACUUUAGGAACGUAAAACCGAUGUCUACUGAGGAGUUUAUGAAGAGAUUCAGAGAACUCCAGCUGGAUAACUCGAAAAGGGAGGAGAAUUCUCCCCGGGAAAGAUUCUCGGGAAGGGAGGAGAAUUCUCCCCGGGGAAAUGUCCCGGGAAGACUGGAGAGUUCUCCCCCGGAAAGAUUUUUCAGAAGGGAGGAUAGUUCUCCAGACAGUUUCUUCACCCCCACCCCUGAGGAUAGAUUCAACGCGAUUAAAUCCUCGUUGAAAGAAUUACGUAGGGGAUUGAAUGAGGUCACAGCGCCGUAUAACAAUAACAAUAAUAGCGCAAACGAGCGAGGUAAUGCAUCACGUGAAAAUCCGGCAGUGGCGAUGAGCGGCUCUAGUAACUCUGAUUCUGAUAGUGAUGGAAGUGAGGCUGCGGGUGGGGGGAGGUCUCCCGGGGGGGAUGAGGCCGCUGGGGGAGAUUUGGCUGCGGGAGGGGAGGAGGGAGUCUGUGCUCUUGAUAUUAUCAAUGUGAAGCUGCCGUGUGAGUUCUGCGGCACGCUGAUACAGGCCAAUGAUUUGGUGCAGCAUCAGACUGGUUGCCGGCCGGACUUGGCGCAGUUCCGUCCGGUGGUGACGCUGGAGGGGAUGUCCGGAGAUCAACACGUGCCCUACAUCCCAUGUGAGUUCUGCGCUCACCAUCUGCCGCUGGACCUUAUUGGUGAUCACCAGGUAUGUACGCGUUGUAUACGCGUUAUCGCCACGGUUUUGAAGAAAGAGAUUUAUUCUCGUAACGCCCACUUCUGGGCAUAA